CAAACCGCAACCAAAUCCGAAAAAUAAAACAAAAUAAAAAACCCUAGACGACAUGCACGGCUGCUGAUCUCUUUCUCUUCACUCACUGUUAUUAGCCUAUCCUCUGCUUUCUCUCACUCGAAAACCCAAAACCCCCCAUCAUCUUCUCUCGCUCUAGCUCUCUUAUUUGUUCAAUACGAGGGCUUCUCGUUUCCCAGUCCGAGUUUUCACCCUUCGAAUCGAUCGAUUUGUUGAAGAUUUUCGCCGGAUUUGAUUCGAUUCGGGAUUGUUUGUUGAGCGAUUCAUGCAUGUUGUUUUUCUUUUGGGAGGACACUGCUUUUUCCAGUGUCAUUUGAGGGAAUUUGCUGUUUUACUGUUUGACAUCCAGCAAAUAUAAAAAGCUCCUUCUGCUAGUUUUUGCAGUUUCAACCAUGAUUGCUGCUGAAGCUGUAAUAACUAAGAAGAAGCUGAAGAUUAAAUUUGGAACCCAGAGACUUGAAGUAAUUCCUGGGACACGAUCAUGUGAAUAUGGGCAGCAGGUAACAGUUACUGAAAAUUGGCAUCACAGAACCCCUGGGAAUGAAGGUAAGCAUUUGGAGAUGAGUAAAUCACAUCCUUCAUAUGAUUCAAAAAGAAUGUUUGCUUCUGCAUCUUCAAAGGAGAGACCUCUCAUACAAGCUGGUAACAAGCGUGAAGCCCAGGAUGUGAUUGAGUGUCCAAAGGAUAAAAGGCGAAAGAUGGAUCGUGGUGUAACUUACCAGUGUUCUGUCCUUUUGAAAUCGCUAAUGGCCCAUUCAGCUGGCUGGGUUUUCAAUCAACCAGUGGAUCCAGUGAAAUUGAAUAUACCUGAUUACUUCUCAGUUAUAUCUAUGCCCAUGGAUUUGGGAACAAUAAAGACAAAGCUGAAUAAAAAUAUAUACUGUGUAACUGAAGAGUUUGUGGCUGAUGUCAGGCUGACUUUUUCUAAUGCCAUGCUCUAUAAUCCUCCAGAGAACAACGUUCAUAAAAUGGCAGAGGAAUUGAGAGAUCUCUUUCUUAUGAAAUGGAAAUCCUUGGAGGAUAAAUGGACCCAUGAUAGACCGAAAGCCGGACUGGGAAAAGUGGUAAGUGGAAGAAUGAUGGAAGCCAAUGAUACAACGCAUAAUUGUCCGAGAACACCUCCCUUGCAUAAUUCUUUGUCAUCAAAGAAGUCGAAGACAGCUGAAGAAAGGGCUGUGAGGAAUCCUUCUUGUACCAGAGAUACAGAGGUUGAGCAUCCUAGACCAUCACAGACCUGCUCUAUCAAGACACAGGGGAAACAUUUACAAAAAGGCGCUGAUGGUGGUGGUAAACGUGCUUGUGGCAUUGCUAAUGCCAAGCCACCAUUGAGCCCAGUUGCCUGCAAAAAAUGUGGCAAAUGUGACAGCACUACUUGUCAUUGCAACCUUCAUGGUGAUUCAACUUAUGCGUCUUCAAGUGAUAUCACUUCAGAAAGAUCAUUGAGUGGAGAUCACCGUGCAUGUAGUGCUGAUGCUUCUAAACUGGAUUGCCAAGCAAAAAGCACAUCAACAUCACAGAUGAGCAAGUCAGAUCCAGAUUCUGAUGGGGCUGUAAGUGCAUUGGAUGAUGGGAAUCUAUGUCCUAGUUCUCAGCUUACACCUCCUGCAACAGAUUUUUCAUCUGCAGAAGAUUGGACAGCAUCAGUUCUAGGUGCACAAAUGUCACCCAAGAAGGCUCUCCGUGCUGCUAUGCUAAAGACUCGUUUUGCAGACACAAUUUUUAAAGCACAGAAGAAGACACUUCUUGAUCAUAGUGACAAAGCUGACCCUGUGAAGAUGCAGCAAGAGAAAGAAAGAUUAGAAAGGAGGCAGCGGGAAGAGAAGGCUAGGAUUGAAGCCCAAAUCCAGGCUGCUGAAGCUGCCACACGAAUGAAGGCAGAACUUGAGUUGAAAAGGCAACGAGAGAAAGAAAGAGAAGCUGCACGAAUUGCCUUGCAAAAGAUGGAAAGAACUGUGGAGAUAGAACACAACCUGGAGAUUCUGAAGGAACUUGAAAUGCUAACUGGGUUUUGCUUAUCCCCUCAUAUGCUAGAGAGCGAAAAGGGGUCAGCAAUGUCGAAGAGAGCAUAUAGAGUAGGCAAUUAUGAGAACACACUGGAGCGCAUUGGCUUGUUUAUGAAAAACGAUUAUUUGGGGGACGAUGAUGAGGAGAUUCUAAAUCAGAAUGGGGAUGGGGAAGAAGGGGAGAUUUUUUUAUGAAAAUAAUUUUUUUUAAUUACCUAUACGAAUUUCUUUCCAAUUUUCCAGGUCUUUUGUUAAUACAUUGGUAGUGAGGUAAAAAGGGGACAUGACUCGAGAUUGUAAAUAAGUUUUUUUAAGGGAAGGGGAAGGGCAUGGUUGGCAGAUUUGUAUUCAGAUACAAGCGAUUGUUAUACCAGAUUGAAUGUAAUAUAUGUUAUUUAGCCUCUGGCUAGGCCAAAACAGAUGAAGGCUCUCUUUUACA